ACUCUACAAUUGUUGAAAACAAGUAAACGGCAAUCGUUUAGGCAUUUUAUUAGUAAAAAAAAGUUAUAAAUAAUAAAAAAUGGGAAAAGCUGAGGUGGGUACUCCCAAGUACCUUGCCAACAAAAUGAAGGCAAAGGGCUUGCAGAAGUUGCGCUGGUAUUGUCAGAUGUGCGAAAAGCAAUGCCGCGAUGAGAAUGGGUUCAAAUGCCAUACAAUGAGCGAAUCACAUCAGCGACAAUUAUUGCUGUUUGCUGACUCCCCUGGCAAAUUUCUGCACAGUUUCUCCAAGGAAUUCUCCGAUGGCUAUAUGGAACUGCUGCGUCGACGUUUCGGCACCAAGCGGACCAAUGCCAAUAAAAUCUAUCAGGAAUACAUUGCCCACAAGGAGCACAUACACAUGAAUGCCACACGAUGGCUAACCCUCUCAGACUAUGUUAAAUGGCUUGGACGCACUGGUCAGGUGGUGGCCGAUGAGACGGAAAAGGGCUGGUUUGUCACCUACAUCGAUCGUAGUCCAGAGGCAAUGGAGAAACAGGCUAAAGCCGAUCGCAAGGAGAAAAUGGAAAAGGACGACGAAGAACGAAUGACUGAUUUCAUUGAGAAACAAAUCAAGAAGGCCAAAUCGAAAGAAGGCGACGAAGACGAACAGGAGAAAUAUACUGAACUCAAGCGGGAAUCUGCUGAAGAACCCCUGAAGCUAGACAUACGUUUAGAAAAGAAAUUUCAACCGGAAUCCAUAUUGGGUAAAUCAGCGCUUUUGAGCAAACGUUCCUCAACAGAAGUGGACGAAAAGGUUUUCAAGAAGCCCAAAGUUCCAACAUCGGAGCCUGCUCGUUCAGCUCUGGAUGAUAUCAUCAAGCUUGAAGAGGCGAAAAAGGAGCGAGAGAAUCGCAAAGACUAUUGGCUACACAGAAAUAUUGUGGUUAAAUUUAUUUCCAAAUCCAUGGGCGAUAAGUACUAUAAACAAAAAGCCGUUGUCCAGGAAGUCAUUGACAAGUACAGAGCAAAAAUUAAAUUUCUUGAUACUGGUGAAAAAUUGAAAGUAGACCAAGCCCAUUUGGAAACUGUGAUUCCGGCUCUGGAUAAACCAAUUCUGGUGGUCAAUGGCGCCUACCGGGGCUCGGAGGCUCUUCUCAAAAAACUCGAUGAACGUAAAUACGCAGUGAGCAUUGAAAUAUCACGAGGUCCACUUAAAGGACGAAUAGUCGACAACGUACAGUAUGAGGAUGUAUCGAAAUUAUAUGACGUUUAGUUCCAGUUUUAGUCUAUGUAAAUAAGAAGCAUUAAUUGUAAAAGAAAAAAUAAUAAGUUAAUUAUAGAUUUUUUGAUAUUGUGAA